AUGGAUUUCUGUUAUUGGCAUGAGAAUUAAUCUAUAUCUGAUACCACUUCAUAAUAAUACUUUUCAUAUAAUAGUAUUAGCUCAGGCCCAUACUAACUUUCUGGAGAUAUGAAAAAUCCACAAAUGGAUGCAACAGAACUAUCCCUUUAUGGUAAAGAAAAUUAUUCUCUAGCCAGAAAUACCGAAAAAUAAAUUUUGAUCAACUCAUCUGCCGAAAAUAUUCCUUUAGAAUUAUUAUAAAUAAUUGCUGAAAAAUCUAACAAUAUUGAGAAACAUUUAUAAGUUUUCAUACCUUACUCAAAUGAUGAAUAACUACUUCAAUAUUAUCUUAAACAAAAAAAAUUCACUAUUUAUACUUUAGAUGAUGAUCAAGUGUACUUAAAUAAAUUGAAGAAAUAAAAAAUAUUUUAGUAAUUGAAAUAUGUAAAGCAGCAAGAAUUAGUUAAUAAUUUCGAUUUAAAGAUAUUUAAUUGUUGCUCAUAAACUGACAGAAUGUUUAAAUUUUUGGAAACAACUCGUAUAAAUUCCAUCUCUACCAAUUAAGUUUUUAUAUUAGAUUAUUGUCAUAAUCUUCACGAAAUUAUCAGCAAAAUAAUGAAAGAUUAAGAAACAUAUAAAGAAGAAUUAAUGUUAGUCACAAUUAAAUCUAUAAAGAAAUAUUAUGUAUUUUUUACUGGAAAAAUGAGUUCAACCGAAGGACUUUCAAGGUUACAAACAAUACAGUAGAUUCUAUUAGAGGAUGCAGAAUCUGACUUAAAUUGUCCAAAUCAAAUAAAAAUGCUUCUCAAAUAUCUCAUGGACGAAAAAUUCACUUUACAAAAAAUUUUAUAGAUCAUUGGAUCUAUCAAGUAAAAACAUGCUGAUGAAUUGAAAAAAUAAUAAUCUGAUAGCAUUCUUUUGAUGUUUUUACGAAAACUUAUUAAAAACAAAAUUGUUGAUUAAUCAAAAAUUCAUCAGAUAUAUCCCUCUAUCCCCAUUAAUCAUUUAACCAAAACAAAAUUAACUUCAUCCCAAAAAGAUAUUAUUUAAAAUAAUAUGAAUUCAUAUGAUAGAGUUAACAACAGCAGGUUUCAAAUAAAGAUGUGA